AUGGCAGAACGUGAAAGAAGAGCGGGUGAUAGAGUAAGGCUGUCAUUGAUCUCUCUUUCUUUCGCGCCUUUUCUCGCUCCCUUUGUCUGUCUGCUCUCUCUCACUCUAUCUUGCUCUCGCUUUCUUUCUGUGGAUGCGUCCUCGCUCUACGAAGCACGGCGGAGUUCGGACAGCCUGCCGCCUUCUCCUCUCCUCUCCGUCGAGUUCUUCUGGAACCCUUUCUCGUGCGCGAAUCCGGAGGAAGAGUGGGAGGCCGCAUCCGGCGGAGGAGUCCACCGCCGAAGACGCCGAGGUCACGGUCGGCGCCGCCUCACGGAGAGGUCGUACGUUCCCAGGCUUCUGCUUCCCUGAAAGGCCGCUCCGGGUAUGUUCUAGUGCCGUCUUUCGACGAAUUCUCGCCUUUCGUUGAUUCGGGGGUUAUGUUCUAGUGCCGUCUUUCGAUGGGUUCGUGAUUUUCUGUGUCGGGGGCAUCUUCUUGUGGACUCUUUGGAUGGGAUCUUUAUUUUCUUUGAUUUGGACUUUCGGUUGCCUGCGGUGGUGCGGGUGGUGCGAGAUUGCUGAAGAAAGCUCUGGCUUUCCUCCUUCCUCUUAUUUAUUUACCUUCUUCCGAUUUGUUUUGCCGCUUCGUUGCUGAUUCGAUUUGAUGUUUGGUCUGGGUAGGGGGAUCUAUCUUCUUCUUUAGACUUCCAUCCGAUUGCUCUUUGGGGACGGAUGAGUGUUACCGUCUGGAGGAGAAAAGAUUAUUUCAGCAAGGUUUAUCGAUUGACGGUGACGGGUGAGCGUGUUGAAUCAAGGGGCACAUUCGAUUUUCGGAUCGCUGAGCGAUCGACCAGUUUCUGGAGAAGAACCCGGUGAUUUCCGGCAGGAAACAACACCCUCCGUACCUGCAGCUCUCCCGAGCGUUAUUCCCCACCCAGAAAAACCAUCAGAACUUGGUGGCGGGCUGUCCUGUUGAGAAAGCAGCUGGAAUCGAGGGAGGAAGUGUGGACGAGGUUGUCGGGCUACAGGAGGAAGCGAGGAUGUCUCCCAUCCCGGAUCGGGUACAUGCUUCGACGUCCCUCAUUCCUUUCCUUGACGGCGACUGUAGAGAGCUUUCUCUCUCCAUCCCAAAGCACAUCACAUCUUGACAAUAGGAAUGUCCUAUCCAAAAUCGACAGGUGCAGGUCGGAAAUUCUCCAUUAUACAAGGUAGAGAGAAUGUUGGGUGCAGGAGGUUUUGGGCUGGUCUACAUUGGACGAAGGGUGGCUGGUGGAUCUCAGGGCGAUGGGCCCAAUGCCUUUAAGGUUUAGUUUCAACCUCCCAUCACUCCUGCCAAGGGAAUCUUUAAAUACUGCUGUUUUAUGUUGUCUCUUUCAUUUUCCUGCGGUGGGUGUAGGUAGCACUGAAGUUUGAGCAUAGAAAUAGCACGGGUUGCAGAUUUGGCCCCCCAUAUGAAUGGCAAGUUUAUGAGUAAGAAGACACCCCCUACUGCUCUAAUUUAUUACGUAUUGUGUCGAUCUAAAACUACGUUCUUCAUCUGACUUUGUGAAUAUGGUUUUAGCCAUCUCAAGGGAUGCUAUGGAUUGCCUAGGGUGCACUACAAGGGCCGCCAAGGAGAUUAUUUCGUCAUGGUUGGCGUAGAGUCUUUCAUUUUAUUGUUUCCUCGAAUUAUGUUUUUUAUUGAAAGCUAAUUAUGAUAUUGUUGAUGAUGAUUGCUGCAGAUCAUGGACAUCCUUGGACCAAGUCUCCUGGAUGUGUUCAUAUCCAUUGGGCAAGUGUAAGAAAAUAAUCUUGACUUCAUAUUCAAAGUCAAUAUUCUGUUGAGAAUUGUGCUAUUGAGUUUGACUAACUCCUUGGACAGAAUGCCACCAAAUAUGGUGGCUUGUAUUGCUGUGGAGGCAAUAUCCAUCCUUGAGAAGCUACACCAAAAAGGGUACGUAUGGCUUUGUGGCAGUGUGAUAUUUUUUCAAUUAAAUUUUUGCAAAGGUCACAGUAAUCAAUUCAUUGCUCCCUUGUGCACUCCCCUCCCUCCCUCCACCCACACAAAAAAAAAAACAUGCCAGGUUUGUGCAUGGAGACGUCAAGCCAGAGAAUUUAUUGUUGGGUAAACCCGGAAGCUCAGGGGAGAAGAAGCUUUUUCUCAUCGACUUUGGGCUGGGUAUGUUGCUGCAUUCCAAUCACUUCUUGUUUUCACCUUUCGCACCUAUUGAUUUUAGAGUAGGGUUUGUUUUUCCAAGUAUAUAAACAAAUUCGUCUUGACUGAGAAGUCCCUGUCUGUAUCAACAUCAGUGAUAUUUUUGUGCUUUGUUCAGAGCCUGUACAAAUGCUAAUUGGUGUCAUUAAUAUUUUAAUCAGCUUCAAUGUGGAGGGACAGUUUGUCAGGCCAGCAUGUCAGCUUAUGCCAACAGCCAGAUAAUUUCAGGUUUUUUGGGAAACGAUAUUCUAUUUUUUCCCUAAAUUCUUAGCUAAGAGGAGGAUUCAUAAAAUCUUACCCCUACCUUACUAUCUAUCUCAUGUUCCCUAGGGGCACAACACGAUAUGCAAGCGUCCAUGCACAUUUAGGCCUCACAGCGAGUAGAAGAGAUGAUCUUGAGUCAUUGGCCUACACUCUGAUUUUUUUGAUUAAAGGAAGGCUGCCGUGGGAAGGCUAUCAGGUUUGCUUUCACCUCUACUUGUACAUGUUCUCCCAUCUCUUUGAUUGAUCACUUGCUGAUUCUUAUGCCAACUAUGUAGGGGAAUGACAAGAGGUUUCUAGUCUUCAUGAACAAGACUGUAACCUCCCCCGAGACGCUGUGUGGUGGCUGUCCCCCUCCUUUUGCACAAUUCCUUGAAGCAGUGAAGAAGAUACAAUUUGUUGAGCAGCCCACCUACUCGAAGCUCAUUUCUCUUUUUGGAAGCUUGAUAUGCCCCCCCUGCACCCUGUUAAAGACCAUUCGGAUUGAUGCAAUUUUGAAGGUGGUUGCAAACAUGACAUCACUGAAAUUACCUCACAUAUUUUUAUUUUAUGUCAGAUGGUUUUAUCUCUUUUUCAUGGCUCUAUCAUCUGUUGUUAAAUAGGCUGACCAUGUUUCCAACAGGUUCACCAAAAACGUGGAAGAUUGCAGGUAAAUAAUGAAGAAGAUGAGUGUCAUAGAAAGAAACGGAUAAAAUGUUUGAUUGAUGAUCAAUCAAUCAAACAUUUUAUCCAUUUCAUAACCAUGUACAUGUAAGAAUAUAAAUAAAAUCUGUAAAGUGCCAAUUGAGAAAACAUAAAUCUCAUGACUAAAUUAUUUAUUAUUAUUGUUCUUAUUUAUUCAUAAAGAAAAUGAUAGUUUAAAAGCCUGAUAUUAAGGGCAUGAAUAUAAUACUUUUUUAAUGUAAUCAUAGCUAUUGAUAAAGGUGUGUAAUUAAUAUUUAUGCAAAAACAGAAACUAUAUCAAUCAAUGAUAAUAAUACAAGACAACCAUUUAGAGGGCGUGAGUAUAAGUAGUAUAAUAUCACAGUUACUCUUGCUAGGAAUAUGUAUCAUUUAUUGCCAACAUUUAAACUUUAGAAAUGUUUUGUACCUACUAUCUAUUCACCUUGGAAAUGGCACCACUUUGGACGUAACCUAUUGAGUACAGGAAUAUAAUAUGUUUAAGUACGUUCACACUUACAAAUUAUCAGAAAUAAUUAUUAGACCGAUAAAUGUAAAUUUUAUGCAUAAAUAAUGAAUAUUACUUUUUUAUAAGAAAGCUGGCACAUAAAAAUACAGUAUUAAAGGGAAGAAAUCUAAUAUUAUUUCAUACAAUCAUAAUGAUUAGUUGCAAUGAAUAAUUACUAUAGUUUACCAAAAUGAAAAUUUUAUCAGUAAAUAAAUGAACACUACAAGUAUUGGAUUAAAUGGCACGAAUUUGAUAGUUUAGGUUAUAUUUAUAAUUACUAAUCACUAUGAUUAAAAUUAUUUAUUAGAAUAUGUAAAGUUAUGAAGAAAUAAGAAUUAUGUAUUGGAAGCUUAUGUGUCCACCAAAGGACACACAUCCACCCCAUAAUGUGUUUAGAACCACAUGUAGUCCAAAACUGAAAGUAAUGUAAUGUCAUAAUUGGUUCCCAUCAUAGUAAAAGUAUGAUUUCUUUAGUGAUGAUCUAAAAAUUAAGAAGCAUCUAGAUUCAUAGAAGAUUGGGUAUAUAAAGAGGAGUUUGAAAUAAAAGUCACAUAGUUAUGCUUUGUAAUGUUUUCAAUUUGAAAAGCAUAUCUUGACAAAGUUAAAUCUUAUAUGAUUCACAUGAAUGAAUGUCAUCGUAUAUACUUUUUAUACAUUGCACCCUCUAGAUGUUUUCCUAAACUUGAAGAAAAAUGUACCCAUCGUCAAAUCUUGAUUCAUUCUAUUGAUGAGUGGAAAAUAAAUUUCUUGUCUAAACUAAGACUUUAAGCAUAAGUAGGAAGUUAUUGUAUUAACAAGUGUGCCGACCAUCACAUUUAUGAGGAUAAUGAAUUAAUCAUGGAAAGUAUUUAUUGAAACAAAUUAUUAUCUAUUUUGACUGUAGUCUAAUGUACAAUUGUAAUUAAGAGUUACAUAAUUCUAUAUGCGACCCCUAUUAAAUGUUUUUGAGCCAAAUCUAUAUUGUAUAUAAAUUUGUAUAUAGUUUUACACAUAUAAAAUGAGAUUUUUGCCUUUUUAAGAGUACACGUUCAAUAUUUUCAAGUAAAUUGAUAAUAUUUUCAAGUACAAUAUUUUUACCUUUAUUAUUUGUUAAUAUAAUGCCUUUUUUUGUCAUAAUAGAAAACCACUGAUAAGUUUUCAUUAUCAUGAGUUAAUAAUUAGUAAAUAACUCAUGAUAAAUAGACUUAUAUUUUUUUUAAAUUAUGAAAAAUAGUUUUCAAUUGAUUAAUGUAAUUUUUUUAGCUAAUUAGAUAAUUUUUUAUGCAUUUAUAUGAUUUUUAUAAUCCUAUUUUUUGAGAUAAAUCAAGAAAAAGAAAUUAAAAAAAAAUAUAGCAAAAAAGAGGGGACCCGUCAACCAACCAGGCCUAUAAGUAGAUUAGAAGUGUAGUCGGGGGGAGCCACGAGCAAGGGCUUGGGUGACUAGGACCAAUGGAGGCAUGUGUGCACCACUCCCCUUCCACGUCGCUGGUGGCCAGCCAAGUCUUAUGUAAGGAGUGGUUGUACAUGUGAGAGAAAAGUACUCAUUACUUGUAAAUGUGAUAUUACUAUAUAUUUGCUUAAAACAUUGGCGCACAAGUGAUGUGGGACUAAACCCACAUCACACCUUUCCUUGAAAGGCUUUGACGAUUUUAAUACCUAAAUUACUCCUUAAUUAUAAUAGAGAUAUACUAUGAGGACGUCACUUGAUAAGGGCAUUAGAGUACUUAUUUCAAUCUCUCUUAUAUAGGUGGACAAUCAGCACGGGUUUGAAUCCUCCUAGAGCCCAAUGAAAGAUUAUCUCGACUUUCCUAUAGAUCACCAGUGAAGGAUUAAGCCAUUAAAAUUGUUAGGUCAUUGACAAAAAUCUUGUCAACACAAUUCACAAAGCAUUAUUACUAAAAUUGCUGAAAACGAUUCGCGAUAAAAGGAUCAUGAAUCUAUUGAGUAAAUCAUCUCUGAUUGAUCGAUGAACAAGCUGUCAUCGAGAAGAGGACAAUCUGUCGUGAGAUGAGUCAUCACCUCCUGAGAGCAUACUAGAUGCGAUGAAAAAUCUCCUCUUACUACACAGACCUGAGGAUGAAGCUCCUUAACAUGCAUCCCACCUCCAUCUAGCUCUUCUCCAUCAGGUGACAGCCACUAGAGAGUCACAAAGUCUUCAUUUUUUUGCUCUGCUAAGUGACGGUUGUCGGAGAUAAUUUGAUGAUCCAUUUCAUUGAUCUCUAAACUUUGCAUAGAUAUCUAGAGAUUGCCCACAUCGUCCUUGUUCAAGGAGAGCCUUUGAGGCUCUGGACACUACACGACAAUCUUCCCGAAUACUCAAAAUUCUUGUGCAUCAUCGACACAUUAUUACCGUGACGUUGGAAUUUUAUUUUUCUACUUUCAACUUAACUUUUACUUCAUUUAGUGAUACUUUGUGUGAUUUAAAUUUACCAAGCUAUAUUUGAUUCAAUUACGAUUUUUCUACCUUUUACAGGUCUUAAUUUGAUUAAUUAGAUCAUUUGUAAUCGCUUACACAAGAAUCACUAGGCAGAACUUUGUUCCUGUUUGAUUCGCGUUUGUCAGGCACUAACGUCAUCCUAACAUCCGCACCCUUAUUUCCUUUUUUCACGAAUUGAAGUAUAUUUUAUUUUCAUUUCUCAGUAUAAAAUUCAUAAAAAAAUUAUAUUCUUUGAGAAAAAUACUAAAAAGUUACCCAAUAUUAUAUUACAUCUCUGUGAUCGACUUAAAAAAUUACCACUAUUUUUGUAAACUUAAUUGAAUUAUAAUUAAUAUAUUUGUUUAUAAAUACUUCUAAAUAUCUAAAAAUUAGUAUUUUCUAGUUUUAUAAUUUUUAAAUUUACGUGAUUUAUAAUACAACAACUAAGUCACGUCAAAUGGUUUUUCACCUUCCUAUGGAGAUCAAACAUAAGGCUUAUUAAGUUAUAAAGAAUCUUAAUCUUUCUUUAGAUGCCAUAGGUAAGCACCAUAUGUUGCAAUUGCAAGAGCUUCAAGAACUACCCAAUGAGAUGUACGAGAAGUCUCUAAUUUACAAAGUAAAAAUGAAGGCUUUUUAUAACAAGAAGGAGAGCAGAAAGAGUUUUCAUGAGCAUCAAAAAGUUUGGCUUUACAAUUCUCGAUUGAAACUAUUCCUCGAGAAAUUAAAAUCUAGAUGGGAUGGACCAUACCUUGUGAUUAAAGUUUUUGACUAUGGUGCAGUAUUAAUUGCAGAUCUGAAAACUAGUAAAAAUUUUAAUGUGAAUGGGCAAAGAUUAAAACCUUAUUUAGAAAAUGAACCCUCCUUCUCUACCCAUUUCCACUCAAUUAUAUGAUCCAUCCAUUGAACCUCAAUCUUCUUAGAACUUUCUCUCCAUCAUGUACUCUAAGAUGGCAUAGCUUUCUUUUCCACUACAUUCCAUUUUUAUUAUUUUUCUCUAUCCUUUGAUAUUUUUCUUGAGUUUUUAUUAAGUGAACAGAUCAAGCAUUCUAGAGGAAUUGCAUAUCAUGACACAGAUUAAUACAAAAGAAAAUCAGAAGGAUGAAGAGUGAAAAUCAGUUUGCACAUUUAAUGCUUUCUCCUUUUUCUCUUAUAUAGAUAUAUUGAGGACAAUGCGAAUGGUCAUUUGGGGGGGAAGAAUAAAUGCAUGAGGGUGAAUACAUGAGAUUACAUCAGGUGCUAUAGUGCUUAUAACUAAAUCAUGAAGUUCAUCAUCUUUCAUGGUGCAUAUAACCCACACUCUUAAAUUGAGAAAAUCUACUUUGGUCUUCUGCCGGAUUUAUGUUAUGAAUUCUUAUUAUUAACUAUGAGUAGUAAAUUGAAUCUUUCUCUUUCUUGA